AUGGCGGGGCCGAACAUGGAUCAAUUCGACGCUUACUUCAGAAGAGCAGAUUUGGACGGCGAUGGCAAGAUCAGUGGAGCUGAAGCUGUUGCUUUUUUCCAGGGAUCCAAUUUGCACAAGCAAGUUCUUGCUCAGAUUUGGAUGCACGCUGACCAAAGUCGUAGUGGCUUCCUUGGUCGAGCAGAAUUUUACAAUGCUCUUAAGCUCGUGACGGUUGCACAGAGCAAGCGAGAGCUGACGCCCGAGAUUGUAAAGGCUGCGCUAUAUGGCCCUGCUGCGGCCAAAAUCCCAGCACCACAAAUUAAUCUUGCAGCUGUGCCUGCACCUCAAGCUAGCUCAAUGGCUGCUCCGCAAAUUGGUAUGCCUGCCUCAGUGUCAGCUCAGAGUCCUGGCAUUAGACCACAGGGUGUUCCAACUGUGGGUAUGAACCCAAAUUACUUUCCAUCUCAACAGAAUCAGUUUAUGAGACCAGCUCAGCCGAUUCCUCCAGUAUCUGGCCCUCGGCCACCUCAGACAAUUGCUCCCGUGGCAGCCCCUCGACCACCUCAGAUGAUAUCUCCUGCAGCUGCUCCUCAUCUGCCUCAGGCUAGCAUGAUGGGUAGCUCUCAGGCAACGCCUACUGGUACUGCUUAUCGUCCAGCCACCCAAUCCAUAACUGGUGGUGCUGGUGGUCUUGCCACAUCAACUUCUGGUAGCACGACUGAUUGGCUGGGUGGAAGAAGUGGUGGAUCUAUACCUGGUGCUGGCCCUAGAGGUGCCAGCCCAACGUCUGGUUUGCAGCAACUAACUCCAAGUCCAAUGUCUUCGCAGUCCAUAGUUAGUGACUCCAAAGCUAUAGUGUCUUCUGGCAAUGCGUCGGCAUCUACUUCUUCCUUCGGAGAUGACAUGUUCUCAGUUACUCCGUCUACACAAAAGCAGGAACCUCCAAAACCAACUUAUUCUGCUGCUAAUGCAUCUCCAACAACUGCUCUUGCCCCGGUCUCUUCUAUGGGUCAAGGCCCUAUCAAGUCCAACUCACUUGGCUCGUUACAGGAUGCUUUUUUUCAGCAGUCCCUUGGUGGUCUUCAACGGGCCCAGUCAUUGCCAACAAUAGGGCAGCAGGUUUCAGCUUCAAGUUCUUCAUUACCUGCUUCACCUGCAACUUCUGUUGGACUAGGAAGUGCCUUAGACAACAACUCCCAGCCUGGGUGGCCAAAGAUGAAGGCAGCAGAAAUUCAGAAGUACACAAAGGUGUUCAUGGAAGUAGACACGGACAGAGAUGGAAAGAUUACCGGUGAGCAGGCGCGCACCCUUUUCUUAAGCUGGAGGUUGCCAAGAGAGGUCUUGAAGCAGGUCUGGGAUUUAUCGGACCAGGACAGUGAUAGCAUGCUUUCUUUGAGGGAGUUCUGCUUUGCUCUCUAUUUAAUGGAGCGGUUCAGGGAAGGUCGCCCCCUGCCACCCAUCCUCCCUCGUAAUGUGAUGUUCGACGAAACACUGAUGUCAAUGACAGGCCAACCUAAGGUUGCAUAUGGAAAUGCUGCAUGGGCACCUGGUGCUGGUUUUGCUCAGCAGCCAGGAAUGGGCCCUCGACCGCCAAUGGGUCCUGCACCUGGCUUGAGACCACCAGCUCCGGUACCUGGACCUCAGCAUGAUGUUGCAGCAGUGUCCAGUCAAAACAAUUCUGGAUCUCAUGUGUUGGAUGACUCCUUUCUGAGCCGUGAGAAUGGCGAUUCUGGGAAUGCAAUGCUGCAAAAUGGAACUGCAGAGAAAAAGGCUGAAGGAGCAGAGAAGUUGAUAUUGGAUUCCAGAGAGAAAAUUGAGUACUUCCGCAGUAAAAUGCAGGAUCUUGUUCUAUAUAAGAGUAGAUGUGAUAAUCGGCUCAAUGAGAUAACAGAAAGAGCACUAGCAGAUAAGCGUGAGGCCGAAAUCUUGGGUAAGAAGUAUGAAGAAAAGUACAAGCAGGUUGCUGAAGUGGCCUCUAAAUUAACUAUUGAAGAGGCCCAGUUUCGGGAUAUUCAGGAACGAAAGAAGGAGUUGCAUCAAGCAAUUGUGAACAUGGAACAAGGUGGCAGUGCUGAUGGCCUUCUUCAGGUCCGUGCAGAUCGUAUACAGUCAGAUCUGGAUGAACUGACGAAGGUUUUAAUCGAGCGUUCCAAGAAGCACAGUUUGGAUAUCAAGUCGACCGCGAUGGUUGAGCUUCCCUUUGGAUGGCAACCUGGAAUUCAAGAGAAUGCCGCUCCUUGGGAUGAAGAAUGGGAUAAGUUUGAAGAUGAAGGUUUUGGCCAUGAUCUCACUAUCGAUGUGAAAAAUGUUUCUGAGACCGCGAAUGGGAAAGCCAAUGCCGUUCAAAAUGGAAUAGCAUCACCAGAUGGUAGCUUAACUCCAGAUUCCUUGUCCAACGGUGAUGCAAAAUCCGGGAACUUCAGGAAUAUCCAUGAUCAUGAGCAUAACCUCGAGGAGAACGAAUCUGCAUACGCUCACAGUGAAGUUGAGUCUGUGGCAAGAAGCCCUCAAGGCAGCCCUGCUGGAAGGACUCCGUCACGAGACUUCUCCGAUGUUUUUGCAAAGAGCACUGAAGGAGAUUCAGAAGCUCAUAGAAGUUUCGACGAUUCAGCAUGGGGUGCAGCAUUUGACUCGAACGAUGACGUGGAUUCCGUAUGGGGAUUUAAUCCUGCCAGUGCCAAGGAUACUGAUUCAGAGAAGCACCAAGAUUUCUUUGGCGGCGAGGAUUUUGGCAUAAAGCCAAUCAGGACAUCUGGAUCUCCAACCAGUACAACAACAGACCACAUUUUCCAGAAGAAGAGCAUAUUCUUCGAGGAAUCCGUAGCUGGCUCUCCCAUGUCCAGGUUCGCCAACUCUCCAAGGUUUAGCGAAGCCGGUGACCAAUUUGACAGCUUCUCAAGAUUCGACUCCUUCAGCAUGCAAGAAGGGAGCGGGUUUUCCCCACAGAAGGCAACACUGUCGAGGUUCGACUCCAUAAACAGCAGCAAGGACUUUGGUGGCGGUGGUGGUGGAUACGACCGGUCGUUCUCCUCGUUCGAUGAUGCAGACCCUUUUGGAUCCAGUGAGCCUUUCAAAGUUUCCACCUCGUCGGACCACCAUCACAGCCCUAAGAAAAGCUCCGACAAUUGGAAUGCCUUCUAG